AUGAAUGAUUCUUGUGAUAGUACUAUCAAUAAUGGAGUUGAUAAUAAAGACUUGUCUUCAUCAAACAAAAACACUAGUUCACGUCAAAACAGCGGCUCCAACAAAGGUCAAUGGGAGAGAAGGCUUCAGACAGAUAUAAACAUGGCUAAACAAGCUCUUUGUGAUGCCUUGUCUCUUGACAAACCACAAAACCCUACUAAUUUCUCUAUUGCCGAUCUUGGUUAUGGUUCAUCAUCUUCUUCUUCCUCUAUCACCACCACCACCACCACCACAAGCAACACUAAUCCAUACCCAUCUGGUGUCUACGCUUCAAGCGCUGAGAACAUCGCUCGUUUGCUUCAGAACUUCAUGAAAGACACACCAAAGACGACCUUGUUGCCCUUGGCAGAUGCAGCCACCGAGAGGGCUAUCACCACGGCGGCUUCGAGCCCUAGCACGACUGAAGAAGGCGGAGAAGGGUUUGAUCAGACUCUAUUCAGCUUCAACCCCAUGGAUGAAGUUGAAGACAAGCCCAAGCUAAUAGAUCAUGACAUUAAUGGUCUAAUUACACAAGGGUCUCUUUCGUUGUUUGAGAAAUGGCUCUUUGAUGAGCAAAGCCAUGACAUGAUCACUAAUAACAACAACAUGUCAUUAGAAGGUCAAGAAGUGUUGUUCUAG